AUUCUUUCUCUCUCUCUCUCUCUCUAAAACUCUCUACUUUCUCUCUCUACAAUUCUCGCACAGACGGAGAGAGUCUGAAACCCUCCGAUCCGAUUUCGGAACAUCUCCUCAGCCAAUUCGAAGUUUUGGGGAGAAAGUGAAGUUAUGGCGUCUCCUUUAAGCAGUGAGCUUGUUUUUUUGAUACUUCAGUUUCUUGAGGAAGAGAAUUUCAAAGAGACUAUUCACAGGUUGGAGCGAGAAUCUGGUUUUUUCUUUAAUAUGCGGUACUUGGAGGAAUUGGUGAAGAAUGGGGAAUGGGAUGAGGUGGAGAAGUACAUUUCUGGAUAUACGAAGGUGGAAGACAAUAGGUAUUCGAUGAAGAUUUACUUCGAGAUCAAAAAGCAGAAGUACUUGGAAGCUUUAGAUAGGAAGGAUGGCGCUAAAGCUCUUGAAAUUCUAGUGAAGGACUUGAAAGUGUUUUCGGCUUUUAAUGAAGACUUGUUUAAAGAAAUAACGCUGCUUCUGACUUUGGAUAAUUUCAGAGAGAACGAACAAUUAUCCACAUAUGGAGAUACCAAUUCUGCUAGAGCUAUAAUGCUGACCGAACUUAAGAAGUUGAUUGAAGCAAAUCCCGUUUUUCGUGAUAAGCUAACUUUUCCAAGUUUAAAGAGUUCAAGAUUGAGGUCACUCAUUAAUCAAAGUUUGAACUGGCAACAUCAACUGUGCAAAAACCCGAAGCCACAUCCGGAUAUAAAAACCUUGUUUGUCGAUCAUACUUGUGGACCGUCACAGCCAAUCGGUGCACAUGCUUUAUCCCCUGUUACCAAUCCAUUAAUGGGUACCGUAUCAAGGCCUCCAGGAUUUCCACCUCUGGGUGCUCUCUUUCCUUAUCAGACAGCACCCACAGCACCUCUGCCGUCAAAUCUCACCGGUUGGAUGACAAAUCCAGCUGUCGCGCGUGCAUCACCGUCCAGCGGACCUAUAAGUUUAAUUCCGCCGAAUAUAUCUGCUAUUCCAAAGCGCGCCAGGACUCCUCCUGGUAACGGUCCAGCUGUAGAUUUUCAAUCCGCUGAUUCAGAACACGUGCCCAAAAGAACACGGGCAUCCGGGACAUCCGAUGAAAUCUCGGUACAGGUCAACCUUACGCCUGUAUAUGUGUCACCCGUUGGUUACAGUGGUCAAAGUUCAUCGUCAUCUGAAGAUCUCCCGAAAGCUGUUAUGAUGACCCUAAAUCAGGGUUCAGCUGUUAAGAGUAUGGACUUUCACCCCAAACAGCAAAUCCAGCUUCUUGUUGGAACGAACGCUGGAGAAUUCUUGUUAUGGGAUUUAAGCAGUCGGGAGAAGCUUACUCAGAAGAAUUUUAAGGUUUGGGAUCUCGGUGCUUGUUCAAUGCCCUUUCAGACAACUCUGACCAACGAUUAUACCGCAUCAGUCAACCGUGUAACUUGGAACCCUGAUGGAACCUUUUUCGGUGUUGCAUACUCGAAGAACAUUGUGCAGAUAUACUCGUAUCAUGGUGGUGCUGAUAUAAGAAAUCACUUGGAGAUUGAGGCCCACUGUGGCAGUGUUAACGAUCUCGCUUUCUCUUACCCUAACAAAACACUCAGCAUUGUAACGUGUGGAGAUGAUCGCUUGAUAAAGGUAUGGAACGCAGUAACUGGGGAAAAACAGAAUCAACUUGAAGGUCACGAAGCACCUGUAUACUGUGUUUGCCCACAUUUCAAAGAAAAUAUUCAGUUUAUUUUCUCUACGGCAACUGACGGGAAUAUAAAGGCGUGGCUGUAUGAUAACGUGGGGUCCAGACUUGACUAUGCUGCACCAGGUCUUUCACCGUCUGCCAUGGCGUAUAGUGAUGACGGGACACGGUUAUUUUCAUGUGGGACGAAUAAAGAAGGGCAAUCUUUCAUGGUGGAAUGGAAUGAAAGUGAAGGCGCUAUCAAACGUAUGUAUAAUGGGCUCGGGAAACGGGCUAAUCGGCCUGUACAGUUUGAUACUACGAAAAACCGCUACAUUGUUGCUGGUGAUGAGUGGUUGAUUAAGUACUGGAAUAUGGACAAUGCUAGUGUGUUGCUAGUCAGUGAUGCUGAGGGUGGUUUACCGGCUUCUCCUUGUGUUCGGUUUAACUUAGAAGGAAUCUUAUUGGCUGUUUCGACAAGUGAUAACGGAAUCAAAAUACUAGCGAACUCAGAUGGAAUUCGGGUUCUAAAACCUAUGGAGAAUCGUUCGUCUGCGGUGAAGACUUCUGCGUUGACCACAUCUGGUGCUACUGUUACUGCUAAUGCAACUGGUGGACCAAGUGUCAUGGAUAUAGUUACCACAACACCCCCCUUAACAAUGACGAAUACCGAAAAUCAGAAUUCGGUAGAAAGGCCCAGAACUGGAGAUGAAGCUACCGACAAAUCUAGAAUGUGGAAAGUGACAGAAAUCUCAGAACCAUCACAUUGUCGUUGCUUAAGGUUUCCAGAUAAUACAUCUUCAGCAAUGCGGGUCACAAGAUUAAUGUACACAAAUUCUGGACAUGGAGUUUUAGCUCUAGUAGCCAAUGCUGUCCAUAAACUAUGGAAAUGGCAGAAAACCGAUCAUAAUUCUACUGAGAAGGCAACUGCCAGUGUGGCACCGCAGCUAUGGCAACCGACUAGUGGUAUAUUGAUGACAAACGAUAUUAGUGAUACAAACACCGAGGAUUCCAUUGCAUGUUUUGCAUUAUCUAGAAACGACUCUUAUGUUGCGUCCGCUUCAGGCGGAAAGAUUUCUUUGUUUAAUAUGAUGACGUUUAAGACUAUGACUACAUUUAUGCCAACUCCGCCUGCAGCAACGUUUCUGCUCUUUCAUCCUCGCGAUAACAAUAUUAUUGCCGUAGGCAUGGAUGAUUCGUCAAUCCAUAUAUACAAUGUCCGGGUCGAUGAGGUCAAAACCAAGCUUAAAGGCCAUCACAAAAGAGUCACGGGCCUUGCAUUCUCUACUGUUCUUAAUGUUCUAGUAUCUUCUGGUGCUGAUUCUCAGUUGUGUGUGUGGAACACUGAUGGAUGGGAGAAGCAGACUAGUCGACAACUGCAAAUUCCCGGGGGACGCGUUGCGGCUCCCUUUGCGGACACUCAUGUACAAUUUCACCAUGAUCAAAAACAUCUGCUAGUGGUUCAUGGAACUCAGAUAGCCAUUUAUGAAGCUCCUAAACUGGAAUGUUUGAAGCAGUGGGGCCCCCGAGAAGCAAGUGGUGCAAUCACACAUGCUGCUUACUCAUGUGAUAGCCAGACGAUAUAUGUCACUUUUGAGGACGGAAGUAUUGAUAUUCUAACAGCAUCCUCCCUCAGAUUGCGCUGUCGGGUCAGUCCAACCUCGUAUCUGCCCGCAAAUCCAAAGCCAAGGGUGUAUCCACUUGUGGUUGCUGCACAUCCAUCUGAACCGAAUCAGUUUGCUUUGGGACUUACGGAUGGUGGGGUGUGUGUAUUCGAGCCACUUGAGUCUGAAGGGAAAUGGGGGAGCGCACCUGGUGUUGAAGGUGGUGCUGGCCCAAGUACUAGUGCUGUGGCGGCUGCUGCAAACUCAACCGAUCAAGCUUAGAGAUGGUGCGUUUUUAGACUAAAAAACCUCCCAGAGCCACAAAGAUUUAGGUGGUACAGAUUCUGUUUUUAACAUAGAGUUUAGACUAGAGGGGCAACAUGUUACUGCUGUUGCUGUUACCUUUAGAAACUAGCAGAAGUUUCGGUUCAUUUUGUGAUAGCUAUGAAGAACACAAGCAAAAGGGGUGGGAUUUGGGGAACAUGUGAUAGCUCAAAUCUUUCAAACUAUAUUUAGAUAACCUACUCUUUUUUUUUUUUUUU